CCGUAUUUGCCUGCUGCUACGUGGAUGCUACGAUUGCUUGCUGUGUUCUGGUUCCCGUUUUGGGUACUUCUACGUCACGUCUGCUGUUCUGGGAAUUUGAGGCUGGAGAGAUUCAUGCGCCAGUGAAGGAUUGUAUGAGUAUUUGCGCCAGGCCCCAUUUGCUGAAGCUGAUUUCCAAGAGCUGACAACUUAGUCAGAUCUAUGUAGCUGUAUUUUCCAACAAGAAUCUUGGAAUCAUGGCUUCUGCUGGCCAUAACUGGGAAGAUCUUCGAAAGCAGGCCAGGCAGGUGGAGAAUGAGCUGGAUGUGAAGCUGGUGGCCUACAGCAAGCUUGGAGCAGGCUAUGGCAACGUCACAGCCUCCAUUCCCAGCGACCAGCAACCGCUGCUGGGGGACGAACAGGCCGUCGAGAAGACCGAGGCCGAGAUUGAGGCAUGCCUGGCCAAGUUGUCCACCGUGAACGAGCUGAUGUCGGAGUUCUCCACGGGCCCGACGCCGAGCGCGGCCGUGGUGCACACACUGCAGCGGCACCGCGACAUCCUGCAGGACUACUCGCACGAGUUUGGCCGCACGAAGGCGGCGCUCGACGCCAGCCGAGACCGGCAGCAGCUGCUGGCCUCCAGCCGUGGCGACGACGGGGCGUAUAAGAACGGCAGGUUGAACAGAAGGCUGGACCACCUCCUGAAGGAAAACGAGCACAUCCGGAACUCGGACCGCCUGAUCGACGAGCAGAUCGCCAUCGCCAUGGAGACGCGCGAGCACCUGAGCGGCCAGCGCGCCACCUUCAAGGCCAUCCAGACGCGCGUCAACGACCUGGCACACCGGUUCCCCAUGAUCAACAGCCUGCUACAGCGCGUGCAGCUGCGCAAGCGGCGCGACUCGCUGGUGCUCGGCCUCGUCAUCGGACUGUGCCUGGUCUUCUUCGUCUGGUACCUGUUCGGCUGAGCCGGGAGUCGGCGGCGCCGCAGACGGCACCGACGUGCUGGACGAGGGGAGGCCCCGGAGCCGGCGAGGCUCGUCGACUGACCGCACGCCGGUCCUCGGCAGGCGCGUGCUUGCCCGAGGAGCCCGAGACUGUGCGGCGGGGGCUCGGUGCCCAGGCGCGAAGGCGUGAUCGACUGAGGCUGGCGGCCCGCGCCGGCGGAGGAUUUGGUGCCUUUGUUGGCGUUGGGCUGGCGGGAGGCGUGCGGUACUGCUUGCCGCUGGCUUGCCGAGACGUUGGGCCGGCCCACAUCUUCUGACGUCACCGGCUUUGAGUCGGCCCGCACCGUGUGACGUCACCGGCGCGGCCGAGCGCGACUGGUGAUAGCGGGCGGUGAGGCAGCGGAUGGACCACGGGACGGGCGGGCUGUUGAGGUCGUUCAUGCACCCCCGCGGCGACGAUGAAUCAUGGGCCGAUCGUGAGGACACUGGUGCUUUGGAACACCCAGAAUGUUAUAUAUUCGUCUAUUGUACAUUCGUCUGUGAUGGACAUCUUUAUUCUGUCUAAUACAUACAGUGCAACUCGCGUGA